AUGGAGCAGCAUCGGACGAGCCACGUCUCGGUCUUCUCCGUCUCGAACCUCAAGGCCACGGUGAAAGGCCAUCCAGCUAUUGACCGGGGGGCUGGGUUUUGGGAGCCAUGGAGGAAGCACAAAAAGGCGCCGCACCUCGUCGGCACGGGCAGGAAAACGGGCAUCAUGCGCGUGCACAACCGCGACACGAUCAAGAGUCUAGGGAGAAUGGCAAUUCACAAGAUGACAAAAGACCUCUUCACCAGCGUCGUGAACACACCGCUCAGAUGGCUCCUGCCUGUAGUCCUAGGAGCCUAUCUCUUGAGCUUCUCCUGCUUCGCAAUCAUAUGGUGGGGCAUCUGGCGCCAUGACCCCACGUGCUUCACGCACUUCUCCAGCUUCCGCGACGCCCUGGCGUUCUCCGUGGAGACGCAAGCGACGAUCGGCUACGGCUACCGCUCGCCGUCGGCCUGCUGGAUCACCGUCUGGUUGGAAAUCAUCCAAACGUUCGUGGCCUUUGUCAUGAACUCCUUCUUCGUCGGGGCGGUCUUCGCGCGGCUCUCGCACGCCCAGCAGCGCGCGCGCACCAUCCUCCUGUCUGACUCGGCCUGCCUGUCGCGCCGCGACGGCGUCCUGAAGCUGAUGGUCCGCGUGGGCGACACCCGGCAGCGCAUCGUGCUUGGCGCGUCGAUCCAGCUCUACAUGUACGUGGGGGGCAAGGGCCGCGCGACCUCCGAGGGCGAGCGCAUCCCCGUGAGCGUCUACGACCUCCCCGUCGACGUCGACGUCCGCGGGCGCCUGCUGCUGCCGAUGGUGGUCGAGCACACCAUCGACGAGUGCAGCCCCCUGUUCGGGCACACGCACGCGACGCUCGUGUCGUGCGGCGUCGAGAUCAUCGCGGUGUUCGAGGGCGUCGGCGAGCUGGGCCAGCCCUUCAUGACCAUGCGCAGCUACCUGCCACAAGAGAUCAAUUGGGGAUACUUUUUCCAGCAGUGUAUCUUCCACGCCCCCUCGGGCACCACGCGGCACGAAGUGGACCUCUCGCUCUUCCACGACGUCGUACGGCAGCCGCGCAUGUCGCCGAUGUCGCGCUCCGCGGCCUCGCGGUUCGUCCUGCGCGACCAGGCGUCGGCGAAGAGCCCUACGCCGUGGCCCAAGCCCGGCGACAACACGCUCGUGAUCUCGCGGCACUGCGUCGUCGGGCUCUGGCGCGGGAAGCCCGCGCUCCUCUGGAGGAUCGGAGACACCCGCGGCUACCAGGUCACCGAGGCCAACGUCACGGCAACGCUCUACACCUACCACGGCUCCUGCAGGGCCUGCCGGAAGGCCGCGAGCGGCGCGGACCCGCGCGUCCCGGUCACGAACGACUCCGUACUCGGCGACGUCACAGACGGCGGCGCGAGCGAUUCCAUGCCGCCGAUGCGUGAGCACGAAAGCGAGGGAGAAGACCUCCCGAGCAGUGCAGGACGCUCCGUCGAUCGCGCGUCCUACCUCCCGUCGGAGCCAGGCUCGCCGAACGCGACCUUCGGGGGCUGCCGCGGCGCCCCGGCCCCGCUGCCGGUCUCCGUCCCGCGCUGCACGUGCGGCGCUGACGAGUACGGAUACCGGGCCGAGUCUCUGUCGCUCGAAGUGCAGACCGGAGAGCACCUGAUGCUCCGCCUCCCCGUGAUCAUCGCGCACGUCCUCACUCCGGAGUCUCCGCUCGCGAAGCUCACAAGCGAGCGCAGCGCGGGCGCGUGCGCAGGCACCGAGAUUGUGCUCGUCGCCGAGGGCUACAGCGUGGUCACGAGCAAGAACACGCUCCGGAAGCACCUGUACAAGAUGCCGAUGGACGUCAAGUGGGGCGUGCGCUUCGCGCAGAUCGUGUCGCCGCCGCGGCUGUCGAGCUCGACCCCCGAGGUGCAGUGGGCGCGCUUCCACGACAUCGAACCACAGCCCGAGGAGGCGCUGCGCGCGUACGCGAACGCGGCGCUCGAGUCCCAGCGCAUGCACGACGCGCGCUGCUCGAUGAUGAUGAGCAUGGGCCCCGACGCGCACGGGGCCACGAUGACGCGCCGGAACUUUGCGGGGGAGUCCGCCCUGAUGCUCGGGGGAGUUCCCCCGGUGCUCCGCGAGGAGAGCGUGUCGCGGUUCGCAACGAACCACCGCGGGCGUUUCGGGGACCGGCCGUCGCGCAACACGCUGCAGCAGGACACGUACAACGCGGUGAUGAUGGGGCCGCUGGUCGCGCAGCAGCAGGCGAUGCUGCAGGAGGAGCGGCGGGCGGAGCAGGAGCGGGAGAAACAGCGGUCUGCCGGGGACUCCGGGGAGCGGGAAGAGGACGCGCCGCCGAACUCGAAGUCGACGGACGCGACGGACAACGAGGUGGUGCAGCAGCUGGCGUCCGCGUCAACGGAGGCGGCGGCGGCGGUGGAGCAGGCGCAGGCGAUGUACAUGUCCGAGGUGGGCGCGGGGUACACGAGCAGCGGCGGGCUCGGGGAGUGGCAGCCGGACUGGCCGGUGCUGGACCAUCCUGACUCCAUGGAUAGAUGGUGA